GGUGUUUGGCGCCUCCAAGUGCCGACCGACUUAAUUCCACCCAGACAAGGUUGUUCAGGUCACCGCGCCAAACCUCGACUCUCCAGCUACUGCAAUAGCGAGUCUGAACAACCCUCACCCGCCUGCAUCUCCCCGGCUUAGCAAGUCCUAGUUUAACAAGUCCUCCGGAACAUCAAUCCAACAUGACCACAGCACACAGACCUACCUUCGAUCCGGCGCGCGGAAAGGAUGCCCUUCGGGGGCCAGCCUACCACCAGAGGCUUCUACCCGCUCAUACGCAAUUGAAAUUCCGACAACCCGGCCAGGGAGGUGAUGCCGACGAGCCCCGCGAUCUGCGAGCCGAGCUCCUCGCAGCCGAGGCCGCCCACUUCGCGAAGCAGAACGGCGGCGCACUACCUAGCACGGAGGGGAACGACGAGGCCGCCGCCGCGAGCAGCGCCGCCAAGCGACCUCUGGAGCUGACAUCGAAGGCAGACGCGGGUGGCGAAGAAGAAGACCUCGAGGCGAAGCGGCGGCGCAUAUUAGAGGAGACCCGAGACAUAGACGCCGAUUCGGAAGACGACUCAGACCAGGACGAUAGCGAGGAGGACAGCGACGAAGACGACGAAGACGAUGACGAGGAGGCGGAGCUGCAGCGGGAGCUAGAGAAGAUCAGGCGCGAGCGAGCAGAAAAGCGCGAGCGGGAGGAAAAGGAGAAGGCGGCGGCCGAGGAGGCGGAGCGGGAACGCGACAUCGCGCUGGGCAACCCGCUGCUGAACCCCAAGAACUUCAACAUGAAGCGAAGGUGGGACGACGACGUGGUCUUCAAGAACCAGGCGAGAGGCACCGAAGAGAAGGGCAAGAAGAAAGAGUUCAUCAACGAUCUUCUGCGAUCGGACUUCCACAAGCGGUUCAUGAGCAAAUACGUGCGAUGAGCAUGCGAGCAUAUUUUGGGCAGAAUACACCGAAUAUCAGCCUAAUCCAUAGGCCCGGCCCCCUCUUCAGUCACCCAGCGGACUAGCCAUCUCGUCUGCGGGCCCACUUCCCACGUGAAUGGCUCGAGUCUGUUCUAAUUAUUAUUCCCUGCUUCUAUCCGCAUACUCGAUGUACUCGGCGAUACCGCCUACAGCCACUUAGAUUUGCUUAGUAGAGAGCCAAUCGCUUCCCGUCACAGGAGCACAGAUGUAUUCUAACUCGGUAGCCAAUUUGUGUGUUUCUUACCACUCCGUAGAAUUUGUAC